UGUAGUUGUGACCUCAUGUUCAAACUAAAGAAAAAAGAUUUGCACAUGCGCAUUGACAGCAUCUUUCCACUCACUUAUGUAACUACGUGGAAACUCUCAUGACCCCUCUUCCAUAAUAUAUAAAUAGUAAAUCCUAUAUGUUCUUAUAUAUAGACUCGUCAUCGUGAAGGUACAAGGUCUUCCACUUCUACUUGAUUGAUCCACCUGAAAACUAAAGUGAAAAAAAGAAAAAAAGAAAAAAAAAAAAAAAAAAAAACCCAAAUGGAAGAUGAAGCUCAUGCAUAUAGCCAUGUUGCUCCUCCGGCAUAUAGAGGUGUUCGCAAGCGAAAAUGGGGGAAAUGGGUCUCCGAAAUUCGGGAACCCGGAAAGAAAACCAGGAUAUGGCUCGGAAGCUAUGAGGCCCCGGAAAUGGCAGCCGCAGCGUACGAUGUCGCUGCGUUGCACUUCCGGGGACGUGGUGCGCGUCUUAACUUCCCCGAGCUCGUUGACAGUCUUCCGAGGCCAGCGAGCUCGAUGGCAGAAGACGUUCAAUUGGCUGCUCAGCAGGCGGCAUUGCGGUUUAGGGGGCCAAUAAGGGUGUCGGCUGCGUCGGCGACAGAGGUGAGUAGCUCUGGAGGAGUUAACUCGGUGCCUGUGACGGUGGGGCUGUCGCCGAGUCAAAUACAAGCUAUUAAUGAGUCGCCGUUGGAUUCGCCAAAGAUGUGGAUGCAAAUGGCGGAGGCUUUUUUGUUAGGGGAUCACUCCAACUCAACAUCUACGGUUUUUUAUGAUGAUGAUGUUGAGUUGAGUGAUUGUGAUAUGCAGCAGGAGUCCAUUUGGGACACUUAAUUAUAUAUAUAUAUAUAUAUAUACACACACACACUACAUUAAUGAAUUUUCAAGUAAUUUGAACAAUAUUGAUCACCUUAGAAAUAUAUAUAUAUAUAUAUAUAUAUAUAUAAUAUAAUUGAUUAGUUUUCUGAAAUUAAUUGGAAGGUGUAUUUUACUCAGCACCAAAGUUGUUGCUUUUGGAAGCUCAUUCAGUCGCUGAAAUCAGAAAUCUUUGUUAUUUCGUAUCGAUCCCUUCUUUCUUGUUUUAUUUCCUUGUAGUUCUCAGUAUACAUGUAUUUAUAUAUAUAUAUAUAUAUUUUGAAUGUUAUGACUUAAUAAUUUUUA